UCCAGCUUGCAAAGCAAAACAAAGAGUAUUUUAUCCACUGUGGUACAAAAUAGACUAACUGAACUGUGCAAGAAUUGUCUUUUAAUUCCACUUGUCAGAAACCAGAAAGAUGUUGCAUAAAUUGUUACAUUUGUAUUGCUAUUAACUUUGUACAUAAGAAGGUUAGUGUGCUUCAUGGCACUAAUGAAUUAAGCUUCACAACAUCCUUGUGGGAUAGAUAUGUGAUUAUGCCCAUUUUACCAAGGAGGAAAAAGAGAGGUUAAGCAGGUAGUCCAAAGUCACACACAGGAAAUCUGUGGCACAAGCAGGAAUAUAACCCAGGUUUCCUGACGUCCACUCUUGCCUCUUGAGUACCCGACUUUCCUUCCAUUUUUAUUGUUUAUUACAUAGAUUGGAGUUCUCAAAGUGGGGUCAUUACCUCCAAUGACGUUGCAAUAGAUAUCAGAAUAUCACAAUCACUCAGCCCUUCCCAUAUUGCUAAGUAUAAAGAUGAGACGGACUUAGCAAAAUCCUGCCUAAAUGGGAAGAUGGCAGAGAUCCUGGGGGUUGUGGUAUGGAAAAAGGUCAACAUAUGAAAAAGGUGGUGAACUACUGAUGUACUUCAUUCUACUGAAAACUAUGUCAGGAAGAAAGCAGAUAUUUUUAUUGCAAUGAUAUGGUGUGUUAUAUAAUUAAAAUUACAGAGGCGUCAGUAGCAACUUCAUAGUUAGCUGAGCUUUUCACUUAAAGCAGAAUUAAAACACUCAUUUCAGAUGUCAGUGAUUGAAUAUAGUCUCCAGAUUUAACACUGUUCAGCGGACGACUGGAUUAAUGAUGGGUAUUUGGAUAAGGUAGUUAUUAACUUUCCCUCUCCCAGUUUCACUUUAUUGCCUCCCUGCGACCCAUAAUCCCUCCAAACUCCCUCCACACAUUUGCUCACAGAUAAUAAUUAUAUCUCUGAUGCUAGGCUGGUCACAUUUGUAAAAUGUAUCUCCACUAUUUAACAUUUUUUUUCGCAUACUCUAAGCCCAAAGGUGUGCCAUCACCCAGUUGUCUACUUUCUGACUGACCAGCUCCAUUCCUCAGUUCCUCGCCUCUCCCAACAUUCUUGAAGCUGGUGAACUAGAGAGCCAAGGUGGGCAGCAGGGAGCAUCGUGGCUUCCCAUACCAUUAGUAAGCCGGGGCUGCAUUUUUCUGGGCUAACAGGUUGAUCAUAUAGGACCAGAUCUGUAGCCAAAUAGUCAGUGGGAGUCUUUCCUCUGGGUUUUGAAUUAGCUUCAGAGGCAGUCAUCCAAACUCUUACCAGUAGAGUUCUUCCUCCCCGCACCCUCUCCUUUACAUUCCCCCAAGGCUCCAGCAGACCAAUAGACUUUGCUGGUAGCAUGGCUGUACUGAUAGGCCUCUAAGAUCCAGGACCAGCCUUUCAACCAUAUUUGUCUACCAGUCUCAGCCUCUUCCCUCCAUUUUGUUUUUGGUGUCUUCCUCUUAGCAUAUGUGCAACGUGCCUCAGAGGGCAGGUGACCAGGAUUUAUCACCCAAUGCAGGGGUGGCCAACCUGCGACUCCUGAGAGAACUGGGACGGAACCUGGAACCACUCAGGACUCGGGACCCUGGCUGCAAAUUGGAGCAACCUCUGUGAGCUGAAAUUCUAAGGAAAGGUAGAAAGAUUGGGGAAACAUGGCGCUGGCUUCCUGGUUCAGAUGGAAUGAGCCCCAGAACCAGAUUUCCCGAAGGAAUCCCUCAGAGAUGGUGGUGGAAACGCUAAUGAUGGAACUAGGCUGGCAGAUCAAGCAGGCAGACAAACAGCAACGAGAGAGAGAGAAUGAGUAUCGCAAAAUAAAGACAGGUGUGGACUAUGGCUGGCUGGUUAACUACCCAAAGCACAGCUAUGACAUCAGACCAGGAGAGCGGCUGCAGCUGGAGGACAUGUGCACCAAAAUACAUCCCUCCUAUUGUGGGCCUGUCAUACUCAGAUUACGACAACUUAUUGCUGAAUAUGAGCCAGAGGUACAAGAAGUUGCCCGUCUCUUCCGCUCUGUCCUGCAGGAAGCCACUGAGAAAAUCAAAGAGGAAGAAGAGGCCAAGAAGCUUGCUAGGCAAUGGAACACAAAGCACAAAACCAGCCUCUCUCUCAUUACAUUUAAAUCCCGGGCCAGGAUUUCCCCAUUCAGCAGCAACAUCAAGACCAUUUCAGAGGAUGUGGAGCGAGACAGUGAACCAACCAGGCGAGUCUGGAGUAUGCCGGAGUUUAGGAGUGCCAAGGAUUACUGAUUCUAUUAAUAACCAGAAUGAGAUUUGAGAGAGAGCUAGUUUGUUUUUUUAAAGAAUGUUAGCCAUCAUCUAGCCAUGUGUUAUUUCACUUUCAUCCCAGUAUGCUCUGUGUGCCUCUGUCUCUCUUAUAUAGCUGUGGCUGUAGUGACAGAUGCUGAGGCACUUAGUCUUGUUUCACUUACCAUGUUAGCUUUGACCAUAAUUUAGUGAUUUACAGUAAGUUGAUGGUCAGUGGAUAGUUCUUAUUUCAGUUUUAUUGUUUCUGCUUGUUGGAAAACAAUUGUGCAUAGUGCAUUACCACCACCCUCCCAUCUGGCGGUCUGCAAAUGCAGUUCAUCCAGUCCCAUGAUUGUUCACAUGAGUAAUCCCCAUUUAACUCAGUGGGGCUACAUCCAUUAGUAGGACUUGGAGGAUCUGACUCACCAAGUUAAGGUCUCUGUUUUAGAUCUUUGAGACAGACAUUAAACUCUUGUUCAUCUCUGUGCUGUAGAGCAGCCUCUUAAAUCAACACUGAUUCCAGCAUAUUUCCAUCCAUUUGAUUGUAAAAUAGUUUGUCCCAAUGAAAAAUAGAUAACAAACCUCCUAGACAUGGAGGCUAUGUCUAGACUGGCAUGAUUUUCCACAAAUGCUUUUAAUGGAAAAGCACUUUUUG